ACAUCGAAAAGUCAUAAUUAUUAAAUAGUUUAUAGUUAUUAGUGCAAACACAACAGUGCGUUAGAACGUAAUCUUAUCUGGGUGCGCAGUUAAUCGCGUGAGUUCGCGUAUGUACGUUCAUUAAUAAAUACCAUUAAAAAACUAAAUUCUUGUCAAUCUUACUAAAUUUGGUUUCGUGAGUUAAUCGAUAUGGGUUUAUUAUCAGAAGGCAGUCCUUUAUCGUGGGAAGAAACGAAAAAACUCUCCGAGCAUGUCAGGAAACAUGGUUUAGUGCAGUUUAUAAACUUGUAUAAAAGGCUACGGGACAGACAGGGCGACAUACUCAAAUGGGGCGACGAGGUUGAGUAUAUAAUAGUUAAAUUUAACGAUGAACUUAAGACGGCCAAAGUGAGCUUGAGAGCGCAAGAAUUGCUGGGUAUACUCAACGAGAAAGAGCUGAAAGAUCCUGAUAACUGUAAGUCUCUGUGGAGGCCCGAAUAUGGGGGUUAUAUGAUCGAAGGUACACCGGGGAAGCCCUAUGGGGGUUUAUUGGCACAUUUUAAUAUCGUUGAGGCCAAUAUGAGGCACAGAAGGGAGGAGGCGACACAGUUAUUAAAACCUGAUGAAUCCGUUAUGAGCCUUACGAGUUUUCCCAGGUUAGGUUGCGUAGAUUUCACCGACCCCCCUACAAAACCAACCCCUGACCAGGGCUACACAAGAUCCCUGUUUUUCCCUGACGAAGUAAUUUUUCAAGGUCACCCGCGCUUCAGGACUUUAUCCAGGAAUAUCCGGGAACGCCGAGGCGAAAAGGUCGCCAUUAACUUGCCUGUGUUCAAAGACAAAAACACUGUGAUACCCGUGGACGAUUCCCACAAAAAGAGCAAAGCUGCGUUGCCAGAUCACGUCUACAUGGACGCGAUGGGUUUCGGGAUGGGAUGCUGCUGUUUGCAGCUGACUUUCCAGGCUUGCAACAUAACGGAAGCUAGGACACUGUACGAUCAACUUACCCCUCUUUGUCCCAUAAUGCUGGCUUUGACGGCCGCCUCCCCCCUCCACCGCGGCUUCCUGACGGACGUCGACUGCCGAUGGAACGUGAUCUCGGCCUCGGUCGACUGCCGGACCGAGGAGGAGCGAGGCUUGCGGCCUCUGAAGAGCAACAAGUUCGUGAUCAAAAAGUCGCGCUACGACUCGAUAGACUCGUAUCUGUCGCCGGCCGGGGAGAUGUACAACGACGUGCCUUUGAUCUACGACGAAGACGACUAUCGGCUGCUGGUCGGCAACGGCAUCGACCACCUGCUCGCGCAGCACAUCGCGCAUCUCUUCAUAAGGGACUCGGUCUCGCUUUUUUCGGAGAAGGUCAAUCAGAACGACGAGGAGGACGCCGACCAUUUCGAGAACAUCCAAUCGACGAACUGGCAAACGAUGAGGUUCAAACCUCCUCCGCCAAACUCGACAAUCGGUUGGAGAGUCGAGUUCAGACCGUGCGAAGUCCAACUGACGGAUUUCGAAAACGCGGCCAUCGUGUGCUUCGUCGUUCUGCUCACCAGGGUCAUUCUCUCCUACGAGCUCAACUUUCUGAUACCCAUCAGCAAGGUCGACGAGAACAUGCAGAACGCGCAGAAACGGAACGCGAACUUGGAGCAGAAAUUCUGGUUCAAGAAGGACAUAACGACGACCGUCAGCCCGCCGGAAGCGAACGAGUAUUGCAAAACGUCGCACGGAGAAAAUUCCGCAACGGAGGCAGACAUUUACGACGCCAUGACAGUUAACGAGAUCAUCAACGGAAAGGAAGGUCAAUUUCCAGGAUUGAUACCUUUAAUAAACAAUUAUUUGAGCGGGAUGGAUGUAGAUGCCGAUACGCACUGCACAAUACAGCAAUACUUGAAAUUCAUUCAAAAACGGGCGUCGGGAGAAAUCGUAACCACGGCCACCUGGAUUAGAGACUUUGUUACUGCGCAUGCGGACUACAAGCAUGAUUCUGUGGUGUCAGAUAGGGUAAAUUAUGACUUGUUAAAGACCAUAGAUGACAUACAAAAAGGAAAAAGAACUUGUCCGGAGUUGAUGGGCAUAAAUACGAUGUCGAAAACAAAAGAUCAUAUACCAACUGCUUUAAAAAACGAUUGUUGACAAAACUUGUUACUUAAUUGUAGAUUUUUAUUGAAUAGCUUUUAUUAUUUUUAUAUAUAAAAUGCUGGUUUUAACACGUAAUUUAUAGAGUCUAACAGUAUUUUGUUGAGUACUAUUAGAUAUAGUAGAAUUUUUUUAAAAGAA